AUUUCAGUCUACUUGAUGACUUUCUUAAUAGUCACAGUGGCAUGGACAGCUCAUGUAAGGUUGUUUCAAGUGAUAGAGCUUAUAGAUGAUGUCCUUGCUCUUCUAAAUCUGGCUUGUAUGAUGGUCAUAACUUUCUUGCCAUACACAUUUUCCUUAAUGGCCUCCUUUCCAGAGGUACCUUUUGGCAUUUUCCUCUUCAGUGUCUGUGCUGUUGUCAUUGGCCUUAUACAGGCUGUGAUAGUAGUGUAUGGAUUCUAUCACCCACACUUACUGAAUCAAGAUAUAAAUUCUGUAAAUCAUGAUGCUUGUAAACGUCAUAUCUUAAAGAUUAUCCUAAGAGGACCAGCUUUAUGCUUUUUAGCAGCCAUCUCUUCUUUUUUCUUCAUUCCUUUGUCUUAUGUAUUUCUUGGGCUCGUAAUCGUUUUACCACAUCUCACUCGAUUCCUUAUAUGGUGUAAAACCAAGAUUGUUGGUCAGACAGAUGAAGAGGAGGAGCAACAUAGUUCAGAAACCUUCACUUUUUACCUCAGUGAGCCUCUAAGUAAGGAACGUGUAGAAGCAUUCAGUGAUGGAGUCUAUGCCAUCGUAGCAACCCUACUUAUUUGUGAUAUAUGUGAAGACAAUGUUGCUGAUCCCAGAGAUGUUGAGGAGAAGUUCCAUGGCAGCCUUCUUGAAGCGUUAAGUGAAUAUGGGCCAAAAUACCUUGCCUACUUUGGCUCAUUUGUAACAAUUGGACUCCUGUGGUUUGUCCAUCACUCACUUUUCCUUUACGUCAUAAAAACCACACGAUUAAUGGGAUUGCUUAACAUAUUUUCCUUGGCUUUUAUCGGUGGGCUUCCACUGGCUUACCAGCUGACAAGUGAAUUUGCAGAGAAGUCUCACAAUGAAAUAGAAGCCAUUCAAGUCAGCUGUGUUAUCACUUUCUUUGCCAGCAUAUUUCAGUUUGCAAUAUGGACUACAGCCCUCCUCCAUGAAAGAGAAACUUUGCAUCCUUUUGCCAGAUACGGUGGCAAGGAGCAUGCCUUCAUGUUUGCCAAGCUGGCUCUCUACCCUUGUGUAAGCCUUGGGGCCUUCUUUCUAACAUGUCUAUUGAGUGAAUUUAGCACAGCGGUUUUCCAUCUCAUGCAGAUUGUAAUCCCAUUUGCAUUUCUUGCCUUGCGCAUUCUUGUUAGAAUUUCUUUAACUGUUAUUAAGUCUGUGAUGUCUCUCUCAAGACAGAAGGUUGUAUUGCUAGAAGAAGAGGAGGCAUGUCUGUCUCCUACUGAAACACUGUCAUAA